ACUAACCGUCAGUGCUGGCUUGUUUUCUCGUCUAAAACUGCAGAUAAUAAACUCGGGCAACGGCAACUACAGGACACAUUUGAGCAUUUACAAAGAAUAGUAGUGGACCAAAAGGAAAAAAAGGGUAAUUUAUAACGAGGAAAAGGACAACAUAAAGUAUUUGGAGCCGUUUUAAACGUCAGACGUGGAGCCGCCGCCGAUGCCCGGAGACGACGUGGACGGAACUCCAGGAUGGAGGAGGACGGACCGGAGCUCAUCUGCAUAAAGGAGGAGCCGGAGGACGUCUGUGCCGGGUCUCCCUCCGCCGGCGACGGUCUGAAGAGCGAAGACGGGGAGGAGAAGCCUGACUCCGCCCACGCCGACGAGGGGGCGGAGCCUCAUUCCUCCCACGCCAGCGAGGGGGCGGAGCCUGACUCCGCCCACACCAGCGAGGGGGCGGAGCCUCACUCCUCCCACGCCGGCGAGGGGGCGGAGCCUCAAGAUGGCGGCCGCUCGCCUGAUCAGAUCAAGAAGGAGUCUGACGGAGACGUUUCCGGCUCCUCCGGGACCGAAGUCAAAACUAACCCGAGAUCUAAAAAACCCUCCCGGCUCUCCGAUGGUGGGAAACGGUUACGCGACAAACGGCGACUUCAGACGAGCGAAACUAAAUCUUCAACCCGUUUGGCUCAGAAGAGACAGGUCAGGGGCUGCGUUCGGAGGAGCGAGCAAACGGUGGAUCUCGAGGCGCAGGAAAGUGAUAAAAGCUUCGAUUGUGACUUCUGCGGAAAACUUUUCAAGCAACGGGUUCACUUGACGACGCACCUGCGGGUGCACACGGGGGAGAAACCCUUCAGCUGCGACGAGUGCGGGAAGACCUUCAAGCAGAAGGCUCACCUCACGACGCACCUCAGGGUGCACAAGGGGGAGAAGCUGUUCACCUGCGACGACUGCGGGCAGAGAUUCAAACACGAGGAGAACUAUAAGAUGCACAUGAGAGUCAACGCCGGGGAGAAACCGUUCACCUGCGACUACUGCGGACAGACGUUCAACCGCAAGGCCAACCUGAAGGCGCACCUUAGGGUGCACACGGGGGAGAAACCCUUCAGCUGCGACGACUGUGGCCUGAGGUUCACCUACAAGACCAACCUGAAGGCGCACAUGAACGUGCACACGGGGGAGAAGCCGUUCAGCUGCGACUACUGCUCCAAGGGGUUCAAGCAGAAGGCCCACCUCACUACGCACCUACGGGUGCACACGGGCGAGAAGCCCUUCAGCUGCGACGACUGCGGCCAGAGGUUCACCCAGAAGGCCACCCUGAAGGCGCACAUGCGGGUGCACACGGGCGAGAAGCCGUUCAGCUGCGACAUCUGCGGGAAGACGUUCAAGAAGAAGACGAACCUGAAGGCGCACAUGAGCGUCCACACAGAGGAGAAGCCGUUCGGCUGCGACGUCUGCGGCCUCAGGUUCAAGCAGGAGGCCAGUUUCAAGACGCACAUGAGGAUCCACACGGGCAAGAAGCCGUUCAGCUGCGACGACUGCGGGCAGACGUUCAACCAGAAGGCCACGCUGAAGACCCACAUGAGGGUCCACACGGGGGAGAAGCCGUUCAUCUGCGACGACUGCGGCCAGCGGUUCAACCGGAAGACGACGCUGGUGACGCACAUGCGGGUCCACACGGGCGAGAAGCCCUUCAGCUGCGACAGCUGCGGCCUGCGCUUCAACCAGAAGGCCACGCUCAUCGCCCACACCAGGAUCCACACGGGGGAGAAACCCUUCGGCUGCGAGUACUGCGGGUUGAGGUUCACCCACAAGACCAACCUCAAGACGCACGAGAGACUCCACACGGGGGAGAAGCCCUUCGUCUGUGACUGCUGCGGACUCAAGUUCAUCCAGAAGAUUAACCUCAAGGCGCACAUGAGGGUCCACACGGGGGAGAUACCGUACAGCUGCUACGACUGCGGUCAGAAGUUCAAUCUGAAGAUGAAUCUCAUGAAACAUUUGGCGGUUCACGCCAGGGAGGCCAUCUCCUUGGGGUGUGAGGAUGUAAACUAGCCAUCAGCGUAGCUAAAACACAGAAUAGACUGAUGUGAAACACUAACUCCUUUUCCACCAAACCGGUUCCAGACUGGUUCUGGGCCAGUGCCGAGUUUGGAACCGGGCUUUUCUGUUUCCACCGACUCCACUUUCUGUUUCUCAGCUGGUUCUCAAGUUGAACGAGUUGUGAACCAGCUCUCGAACCAGUUUCGUGGAAAAGGGGGUAUAAUUGUGAUAUCUGUAACCAUCACCGUUUUGUCGUGCUUCACUUUAUACGUAAGGUGUUUAGAGUUUAUGUUCCUUUGUUACUCAACUUUCAUAUUUUUUGGUUAAAAAUGCUCUCAACUUGCACCACAAGCCUCUGUUUCCUUGAAUGUUUGUAUCUAUGAACGUUUUUACUCUGUGGACAUUGAUCAUCGCCCCAAACGACACUCUCUCGAUUGAUGCCACGUGUACCUUAGCCAGGGGUGUCAAAUGUGCGGCCCGAGAGAGAUUUUCAUGCGGCCCGCGAGAAGUUUCCAACGCAAAAAAACGGAAUGUUAAUUCACUAAAAAGGAAGAAGGCAUAAAUAAUUUCCAUGAAUCGCAGCAUAUCCGAUAAUAUAUUUCUUCUACAAAUCCAUCGUUAUUCCACAAAUAGAGCAGUUUUCAACAUUUUUUUAGUUUUCUAGAAUGGAUUUACUGAUUUUAUUUCUUUGUAGACGGUCGUUUAUUUUUAUUAACUGACUACUAUUAUAUAUUUUCGCAGGAAAUAUAUCACUGCUAAAAAGAUGAUAGAAGAUAUUUAUUCUGAGAAUUUCAGUUUUGAAUACGAGGAUAGUGACAAAGUAAAACAGUUAAAAGAGAAGUGCUGACUUUUUCGGCACACUGGCAUAAAUAUCCGCGCCAAUUUUUAAAAAUAAUACACUUAAUUGUACUGGAAAAAUCUCUAAAUCACAAACAAACACUCUCGGAUGUAAUAAGACGAAUUUUGCUUUUAAUUAAAUUUCCUAUAAAAAAGCGAAAUAUAAAAAAACAUACUUGUUUCUGUUUAUCUUUGUAAAAUGAUUUAAAAUGAAAAUGAAGUAUCUUACAUAAUUUGAAAAAAAAUGAGAAAUAUGUUUUACAUAAUUAGAGUGUAAACAAAGUGCAUAUUUCCUUUAAAAUAAACUAAACUGAUAUUGGAUUAGAUAACAAUAGUAAAAAAAAAGAAUUAGAAAAACAAAUGUUUUGCACUGUUUUUGUUAUUUUGAGCGUGAGGCCCGCGAGAAAAAAAUUGGUCAAAUCCGGCCCGCCAAGAAAAAGGAGUUUGACACCCCUGACCUAAGCGGUAGCGUGGAGAGGGUCCCUGCAGACAAACCGUCAACUUUGUACGUGCACAAAACCCUUUAAUAAGGACUGUUUCUGUCCUGUCGUUGCCGUCUUAUCCUGAGUUGAACGCCGAUGUCUCCAAACUCAUCUCGGUGCCCCUGGUACCACAACCUGGCGGUGAACGCUCCUCCCUUCACAUCUGCUGACUAUAGUUGGAGCGGCAGCAGUAGUUGAUCAAUGUGGAGGAGAUCCCUGUUCAAACAGUCCUUUUUACAGGCUCUUUGUACACGUUCAGGGUUGAAAUGAUCCUGGUUUGUUUCUAGGCGGCCUGUCGACACAAACUUAGACUUAAAAUAGCAGUUUAUUUCAACGUGGCUCCGUUUCCAUUCGGUCAUUCUGCUAAAAAACGUACGUUCAAAAAUGUUCAGAUUUACGUAGUUUAGGUUUCUUACAAAAGUUUGUUCUCCUGUCUGUUUAUAUAAUGGGUGAAAUUUGUUUUAAAUGUUCCCUAAAGGUCUUGAUCAAACUAGUGCAGUUGUGCCCAAAUAACACUUCAGUUGUGUUGGAAGAGUUCUCUGUCCACACUACCUCGCCAUAAUCGCAUAAUCGUUCACAUGACAGAAGGAUACGCCAUAGUUUUUAAAUUUUUUCAAGUUCAUUUAUCUCCGUUAGACGAUAUCGGGCUACAAACAGAAUUAUUCUUUUUACGUUGGCCAAACUCACCAAAGCAGUAUGGAGGAGGCGUAACUACCAAAGUUUCAAGUUUUAAAAAGUAACCCGACUCGUAUGGACAGUAAUUUCGAUCUUUCUUGUGGUUUUUUCACCUUCAGGCUGGAUCCAGAUGUUAGUCGAGGUAUUAAACUUUUGAAUUUAAAGCAGCACUAUGUAACUUUUCCACCUUAAUCUAAUAUUUCCAGAGUCAUUGUGAUGGAACAUCAACUUCCAACAGGUUUAAUGAACCUCUGUCAUGGUCUGGGGGGGUCUGUAUCGCCUUCACUGGCACUAUGUAACUUUGAGGAGCAUGGUAGGAACCCUGCCACACUAAAAUACUACACAUUUUUACGGCUUUGACUGCUUUACGGCAUACGUCACUUCCCCCUCCUUCCUGAUUCGUAGUCGAGACGAAAAUGGGCGGGGCGUGGAGCGCAGAGCUCAGCAGAAGCUGGUAACCCGUUGCUGCGUUAUGGCUGCAGCAGCUCCACACAACAGAUGUGGGGAAAAGAUCACUAAUGGUUUAACUUUCCUGCUCGGAGGCAGAACCACGCAGGCCAAGUAUCUGAUAUAACAAAGUAAAAGAGUGAAAGAGUCGUCGGCUCGCUUUGGAUCGCGGCUGUAACGACCAAACACCUUCCACACAGUAAACCACAAACACUCGCACAGACCGGGGUCGGAUCGUUCAUACGGGUUUUAUUCCCCACUUCGCCAGCUAAACGCAGUUGCUGGCCAGCUCUCUGCGGUGCGAUUAACCCCAAUCUUCAGAUAAAACUAGUUUGUUGAGGAAAAAAUAUUAACUCUUAUUUGUAGCUGCAGAGGAAAAAAAUAAUCCCACGAGGAAAACAAAAAUAUUGCUCAUGCCUCGGAGUCUCUUCAGCAUAAUAUAGCAGUCAAAAAAAAAGAAAAGAGAAGUAAGAGUAAUACAGAACAUGUACUGUAUGUUGUACUAUUAUACUAAUUUAUUGAAACACAUGGCGAGUCAAACAUUUACCAAAGCAGCUGCCAAACACUCCUAAACAAGGUAGUAAGACGGUGGUUCUGCAGAACUGCGGCAGUAAAUCCUCAUCGGAGCUCCACUCUUUGAUAGGGAUUUCAUAUGAACCCAAACCGUUAAUAAUAAUUAUUUUCUCCAUAUACCGCUCCCUGGCUUCCUUGUUUAAGGUAUCCCGGUAAAUUCCAGUUCCUUUCCAGCAGUUUAACAUCUUUUUUUUUGCGUUCCGUCUGUUCACUUGGUGAAACAGAAAAGUAGCUUUGAAAGUCUGUCCCGUCUUCAUUCGCUAUCAACAUAACUGCAAGCGACGGGGACAGGAUCUUUCCGGCAGUACGCGCUGGUGCUCAUGGGAAACGUAGUGUUCUUUCUGGUAAAGCACUACCGCUUUUGUCCAAAGGAGCCGCCAAACUCAACAAAAGCUGAAGGUUACAUUGUGCUGCUUUAAAGGAACGCUAAGCAAUUGUAUCAAAUUAGUGAAUAUCUAACCCUUAAGAAACAUUACUCCAGCCAAUCACCAACAUGGGGAGGGUUCAUAAUGGAGGGCAUCAUUAGGGAGGGAGCAGGUCUGUGAUGUCAUCCAGAAAUGGCUUACCCUGACCUUAAGGUUAAAAUUAUCUUUAAUUGUACAUGAUUUGAAUUUAGAUGUUUAAUUCUGAUCAUUGUUACAAAUUGGGCCUCGUUAAAAGUGCACGUUUUUGGGUAUGAUGGUUUACAAUGUAUACUGGACCUUACGCAUUACAUCUUAUGUUUUUAUUUACUGUUCAAAUUUGAGUCACUUUUUUUACAUAAACAGUUUUGCUAAAAAAAAAAAUACUGCAUUUAUUCACUUGUCUAAUUACUACAUAAACGUAUUUUAGUUAUCAAGACGCUGCUCCAUCUCACUUUAAAUGUGAUGUGGACACAGAACACGAGCCCCUCUGAAUGCUGGGUAAAUCUUUCGCCUGUGUGUGUUUUUAUCAGUUUAUCCGAUUGUCUCUGAAAUGAUUAUUUUAUAUUAUUUCUAACAGGCUUACUUUGUUAUUGCCAUUAAUGUUUUGCGUCUGUUUUAACUGUGUAAAUCACUUUGAAUUGCCUUGUUUACAAAACGUGCCAUAAAAUAAAUCUGCCUGGA